CCCUGCCUUAUUUAUCUUCCGUUCAUCGGGACUCAGUGCAAGAAGGUGGAGGGAGAGAGGGAAGGAGGGAGUGGAAGGAAGAAAGAAAGGCAGGAAAGAAGAAAUGAACAAGUCAAGCAAGGAUAUCAGGGGAAAAUUCAUUGAUUCAUGCAUCCAUCCAUCCAUUCAUUCAUUCAACAAAUAGCUGUUGAAUUCCUAUCAGGCCCCGUUCUAGGUAUUAAGGAUACAAUUAGCAAGCUCAAGUGACUGGCAACUGACUCACCAUUCCCAGGUGACUCUGGUGUGUGCGUGUGUGUGUGCGUGCAUGUGUGCAAGCCCUUCCGUCUGCAAGGGCCUGCUGCCGGGGCACCUGUCUUCCCCAGGGCUUGGUGCUUUUAGCAUCUGUCCCUGGAUCCUGUUGCAGCCCGAAAUAAGGCUGUGAGCCUCAGCAAGGCAGGACCGAUUCUUGAUUCUCGUCUGCUGAGGCCAGAGCUGGCUGCAAAGGCGUGCGCCGCUCAGACUGGACCGAGGACCACCAGCACCUACAGGACCACUCAGCUCUCAGCUUGCCAACAGAGGUGUUAAUCUUGAGGUCCUGACAUUCCCUCCUGCACACUGUGGUCCCGCCACUCAGGAUGAUCCCUAAGGAGCAGAAGGGCCCAGUGAUGGCUGCCACAGGCGACCUCGCUGGACCAGCCCCUCUGCUGGACCUGGGCAAGAAGCUGAGCGUGCCCCAGGACUUGAUGAUGGAAGAGCUCUCGCUACGCAACAACAGAGGAUCCCUCCUCUUCCAGAAGAGACAGCGCCGGGUUCAGAGAUUCACCUUUGAGUUUGCAGCCAGCCCGAGGAUGGUUGCCAAUGGCCCUGAGGGGCAGAACUGCCGCUCUGAGCUCCACAUCUUCCCAGCCUCAUCCCAGGGCCCUGAGGAUGCCCAGUCUGCAGCUUUCCCCACGGAGCGCGCCUGCAGCCCCAGCACCCUGGCACCAGGCUAUGCCGAGCCACUGAAGGGUGUCCCGCCAGAGAAGUUCAACCACACGGCCAUCCCCAAGGGCUACCGCUGUCCUUGGCAGGAGUUCAUCAGCUACCGGGACUACCAGAGCGAUGGCAGAAGUCACACCCCCAGCCUUGCCCAGCAUCGAAAUUUCAACAAGACCCCGGUGCCCUUUGGAGGACCCCUGGUGGGGGAGACUAUUCCCAGAGCAGGUACCCCCUUCGCCCCGGAGCUCAUCAGUGGCUUGGAACUCCUUCGCCUCAGACCCAGCUUCAACAGAGUGGCGCAGGGCUGGGUCCGCAACCUCCCUGAGUCUGAGGAGCUGUAGCCCCAGCCCGAAAAUUCAAUUCCCCUGUCUUGGUGUCUGGGUAACAUCUUGGAGUCAAGACUUCUGGAUGGCACUUCCCCGUUUAUGAUGGGGCUCUUCACACACAAAAUCUUAUUACAAAUGGCCUCCACGGCCACAAAGUUUAGUAGUCCCCGGAUGGGGUGUGUUUCAGAAUUUCCUGGGGAUGGUGAUUUGCGUACAGAUUUCUGGCCUGCCCUAGACUUGCAGCAUUCAAGUCUCCUGAGUUGGGGAAUUUCUAUUAGUAACCACACUCCCAGAUGAUUCCAGGGAAACUUGUUCAUGGUCUGUGUCUUUCGGCAUCCGAGCCACCAGUGAAUUCACAUCCAUGCCUCCCCUCCUUCCUGCCAUGGACACCAGCUUAUACUCCCCCGACAGGCAGCUUGCUAGUGGCUGGUUAACCUAUGGAGAACUCUGAUAAUCAGAAAGACUGCCCGACCUAGAGGAGAGAGGGCAGUCAGGAAGGCAGAUUCGUAAGCAGUAAUUCGUGUUCGUUUCCCUGACAGCACGCUGCCUGCCGACCGAGGAAGAAAGUGCCAUGGUGGGGGUGAUGUGCCCCCUGGGGAUGGGGUGGGAUUCCAGGAACCUUCUCAGAGACUUUGAGUGGGACCCCAGAGGAGGAGUGAGAGCCACCGAGGGCAAAGGGGGUAAUGGGGAGGGCAUUUCUGCCCAAUGAACCAGCAUGUCCAAAGUGUGGAAUUGCGCACAGGAGGAGGAGGUUAUGUUCUGGAGAAAGGAGGGGCUGUGUUAGAGGGUCAGUGAGGGCCAGUUUUGGGGUUUCUUUACUAAGGAGAAGGGGGGCAGGUUUUAAGCUGGGCAGUGAUGGGUCUUGCUAUGUGGCAAGAUUGGGCAGGACUAAGACCGGAGGCCAGGAAGCCUGCAGGAAACAAGGUCUAGACUUGGGUGAUGGCCGUGGGGAUGGAAAGAAGGGGCACCCCUCACCCCUCUGGGCACCUUAUUAUAGGUCAGCUGCAGUGUGGGGUACAUGUAAGGCCCCCUUCUUUCUUUUCCCCUUCCACUCACCAUCUUGUGCAAGCCUCAGGGUAAAUCUCGUCCUGGUCUCUGCUGGGGCUAGUUCGGGACUGUAUCCAGUUACUAGGAAAGGAGAGAAAGGAAUGCCUCUUAGUUCAACUGAUGAGGAAGAGGACAAUGACAAUGCUGGCAGUGGCGGCUCCUUUUUAUUGGGUGCCUCAGUGCUUGGGCUGGUAGUAGGGUCCCACAUAUCUUAUUUCUUAUUUUCAGUUCAACCCUGAGGGAAAGGUAUUGUCCCAUUUUACAGGAUAUGCCUAUCCAGGCUAGAAAGAAGUGGCUUGUUCAGGGCCAGAGCCAAAAUGGGAAUGUCUAGUUCCAGUGGCUGUCCCUUUUUGCCACACUGGGUGGCCAGGCCAAUGUCCACUCACUCUGGAACCAUCUAAGCAUGGUGUCCUGCCUCAGGGCUUUGAAGUGAAAAGUGCAGAUUGGGAAGUGAGGCUGGAUGGGGUGGGCUAUAACUUCUACUGCUAGCCAUGUGAACUUGAGCAAGUCAUUUCUCAUUGGGAGGCGUCCAUCCCUCUACCUGUAAGCUGAGGACAAGGCCAGAAGCCUCUGGAUAGGGCAGUGGUGAGCGCAGUGAUGGACACAUACCUAAGAAGCCCUCAGUCGUUAUUAGAUUUCAUACAGCUCCUGCUCUUGCCUGGGAAAGAUGUUCCUGUUCUUAAAAGCUGGCUGCAAGAUGUCAGUGGGGUCAGCAAAGCUUAAGCCGGAAGGAAAGCCUCUGAUUAUUGUUGGGCUCCCUGUGGACAUGGACGUGGAAUUACCUCCCUCUGCCUUCUCCCUGGCUCCCUCUCUUGGGGAGAUGAGAAGGUGAGAAAUUCAGCUAGUUCCAGAAUGCCUGGGGUAGUGAUAAUAUUUCCCUUUGGUUCUGGACUUUCACUGCACCCCACACCAUCUCCAGGGCCCAGCAGCCUAUUAGACUUGCCUGCCAUUGAUGUGUUGUCUUGAACUGGGGGCGGGGGUGCUGUUGAAAGCCACAUCUGCAUGAGCUGAAAACCAUCUGUGAAAGUGUCUGACCCAUAGAAGAGAGGAUCUGGACUCCCCCCUCCCUGGACUGGCUGUGCUGUGUUCUGGACGGUGAUGGCCACCACCAGCUACAGGAGAGGAGAGCCUGCUGCACCUGAAAGCAAAUCCACAUUCUUUCUUCUGAUGAUGUGACUUUUGCUGAUGUUGCUUAAAAAAAAAAAAAAAAAAGGGAAUGCUUAUUAU